UUUAAUUUUAAUUUUCUCUCUGAGCCAAGGUUGUCAUCAACACCACCUUUAGUACAAAGGGCCAUCCAUUAUUGGUUAUAGAUUAGUUUUUCUGGGUCUGAUUUAGAUUCACAUAAAGCAGUUGCUGUUGUUGCAGACAUGUGCUUUUUCUAAGUUUCUCUUUCUUGGCCUAUAAUUAUAUUAAUUUAUAGCUCUUGUCCUUUCUUGCUCCUUCUACCUCCGAAAUAAAAGGGCCUCUCCAAAACAAAAAAAAACAAAAAUCUGUUUCUUCUUCAUGUGUAUCCUAAAUAUCUUUUCCAGCGUGUUUCUACAAUCCCAUGGUUCUCUAGAAACUGCUGCUGAAUUAUAUGGGUUGUUUUGUGUUGUUACAUGGAGGAGAACAUAGAAUCUCCUUUCUUCAAACUCAGGGCACUAAUUUGGGAUGCAGGGGACAACAAAACCACAAUUGGGAGAUAGAAACCGAAUUCCAAGGUCGCGCUUUUGCUGAAUUUCAGGGUAUUGUAGGAGAUUUUUUUUCUUUCUUUGACUUGCUUUGAAGAAAUGAUGACUCUUGUGGAUCAAAAAUGCGAAUUUUGAUCUGGGUUUUUGCUGGAAAGAAGAGGAAAUAUUCCUGCAUCGUUGAUUAGAAUUAGUUUGAGGAGAAGGAGAGAGAUAGAUAGACAUACAAAUAGAGAGAGAGAGAGAGAGAGAGAGAGAGAGAGAGAGAGAGAGAGAGUAGUUGAUUGCAAUGGAGGCAGAGGCACCAGCUGAGCAGCCGCAGGCAGCGCCGCCAAGCUUGCCACGGAAAAAGAUGACGAAACAGUUAACGGGAAAGCGCGAUGAUACGCCUUUGCAUUCUGCCGCAAGAUCAGGAAAUAUGGGGGUGGUGAUGGAUAUCCUUGAAAAUACAGAAGAGGCUGAAUUGAAGGAGUUAUUGGCAAAGCAAAAUUCAUCUGAUGAAACAGCCCUCUAUGUUGCUGCAGAAUAUGGUUAUGUUGAUUUGGUCAGGGAGAUUAUCAAAUACUAUGAUCUUGCUGAUGCUGGAAUCAAAGCAAGAAAUGGGUUUGAUGCAUUCCACAUUGCUGCCAAACAAGGGGAUAUGGAUGUAUUGAAUGUGCUUAUGGAGGCUCAUCCAGAAUUGACUAUGACUGUGGAUCUAUCAAACACCACAGCUUUGCACACGGCUGCCACCCAAGGGCAUACAGAGGUGGUGAACUUUCUAUUGGAAGCAGGAAGCAGCCUGGCAACCAUUGCUAGAAGCAAUGGCAAAACCGCGCUGCAUUCUGCAGCAAGAAAUGGUCAUUUGGUGGUUGUGAAAGCGCUUCUGGAAAAGGAGCCUGGUAUUGCAACACGCGUCGAUAAGAAGGGGCAGACGGCACUUCACAUGGCAGCAAAGGGGCAGAAUCUUGAGAUGAUGGAGGAGUUGAUUAAGGCAGAUCCUUCGUUGAUAAACAUGGCUGAUAAUAAAGACAACACGGCAUUGCAUAUAGCUACUCGAAAGGGCAGAGCUGAGAUUGUUAAGUUGCUACUUGAACACAGUGAAACCGACACAAAAGCUGUUAACAAGUCUGCAGAAACUGCCCUUGACACUGCCGAGAAAACUGGGAACUCGGACAUUAAAGCUUUUCUCCAAGAGCGCGGUGUCCAGAGUGCUAAAGAAAUCAAGCCACAGGCUACAAACCCAGCUCGAGAGCUGAAACAAACUGUGAGCGACAUAAAGCACGAAGUCCACCACCAGCUAGAACACACUCGCCAAACCAGAAGACGCGUCCAGGGCAUUGCGAAACGUCUUCACAAAAUGCACACAGAAGGCCUUAACAAUGCAAUAAACUCCAACACUGUUGUUGCUGUCCUCAUUGCCACGGUUACCUUUGCAGCCAUUUACCAAAUCCCUGGCCAAUAUGUGGAUGACCCGAAAGACAUUCCUCAUGGGCAGUCGCUUGGGGAAGCCAACAUUGCUCCCAAACUGGCCUUUAUGAUCUUCUUCAUCUUUGAUUCCAUUGCCCUUUUCAUUUCCCUGGCUGUUGUGGUGGUGCAAACUUCAGUGGUGGUGAUUGAGAGCAAGGCCAAGAAGCAGAUGAUGGCAAUCAUUAACAAGCUCAUGUGGUUGGCUUGUGUUCUGGUUUCUGUGGCAUUUUUGGCACUCUCUUUUGUAGUGGUGGGUGGCCAGAAGUGGCUAGCAAUUGGAGUUACAAUUAUAGGAACAGUCAUCAUGGCUGCGACUUUGGGCACUAUGUGUUUCUGGGUAGUUAGGCAUCGAAUUGAGGCAAAAAACAUGAGGAGCAUUCGGAGAUCAUCGCUGGGCAGCAGAUCGCGGUCGUUGUCGUUGUCUGCAGUGAUUUCUGAAUCUGAGCUCCUCAACAAUGACUACAAGAAGAUGUAUGCAAUUUGAAAGCAUUUCCACAUACGCGCUGCCAGAUUUUGUUUCUUCUUUUUGUUCAUCAUUGGGCGUAAACAAGUCUCUAUAAUAAUUAUAAAUUAACUUCCAAAUGUAUAUUCUCUAUAAGGAGCUGAUCAUAGCUUUUUUUUCUCCUUUA